UCAAACACAUCACCAAAUCAAAAAGUCAAACAACACAACCCACAAAAGGAAACAAACCAACAACACUCACAUUCAUCUUCAUCUCUCUCAACCAAAAUUCAUUCAAUAACCGCCAUUAACAACAACGCUAAACUAGUAAACUCUCAAUCUACAUCCAUCAUUCAUCAUCUCUCUCACUCCAAUAAAAACCCCACCUUUCCUCUUCUUUCUCUCUCUAGAAACCCUCAUCGGUUUUCGUGCCAAACUUCAAUUAUUCUCGAAACCCACCUCCCAUUUGUUGAUUCAUAUAAUCUUGCUCAAUACCCACUUGCAGAUCUGGUUUUAAUGGGGAGUAAAUGGAGAAAAUUGAAGACCACUUUAGCGACGAAUUUGUGUGUUUUUGUGACGGUUGAUGCGGAAGAUUCUCCGCCGCAUUCCGUUGGGUUUUCCGGUGAUGUUUUGUUGUCUCCGGCGCCGGUGACUCGUCCGGCGUCUCCUCGGUUACGUCUGUCUAAAAGCCUCAACAGAUCUUCUAAGAAAACGUGCACGAUAUGUUUAGCGUCAAUGAAACGUGGAGAAGGUCAAGCCAUUUUCACAGCGGAAUGUGCACACUCGUUCCAUUUCCAGUGUAUCGCAUCAAACGUAAAACACGGAGCAAAAUGGAAAGAAGUUCCAUUGCAGGGUCCCACUAAUCCGGCCCCACCCUUAGGAAGAACAAGAAUCAAUCCUGUAAACUGGUCACACGACAACCCGGUUAUGACCUUGCUUCGCCCAAUACCACCACGUCCAAACAGCCCCCGCCAUGCUGCCGCCCUGAUCUCCCCAACAGAACCAACCAGCUUCAACGAUGACGAACCGCUAGACCUCAAGUUGACGAAUAAAACGUCUUCGGAAAACUCUAGUUUGGAAAGGGUAUUGGUUAAAACGUACACCGAGGUUCAAGCGGUUCCACGGUUCAGUUCGGUUGAUGAUUUCACGGUUUUGAUUCACCUCAAAGCUCCAGCUCCGGUUUCGGGGGUCAAGUCCAGUAAUGCCAGCCAUGGUCCCACUUUUAACCUUAACCAGACCCCACGGGCCCCGGUUGAUCUUGUCACGGUUCUCGAUACGAGCGGUAGCAUGGCGGGUACAAAACUCGCUCUUUUAAAGCGGGCCAUGGGUUUUGUGAUACAGAAUCUUGGACCGGCGGAUAGGCUGGCGGUGAUCGCCUUCUCCUCCACCGCGCGCCGCCUCUUUCCCCUCCGGAAAAUGUCCGAUACGGGUAAGCAACAGGCUCUCCAGGCUGUCAACUCGUUGAUCGCUAGUGGUGGUACUAAUAUUGCCGAAGGUCUAAGAAAAGGUGCGAAAGUGAUGGAAGACCGAAGGGAGAAUAAUCCAGUCGGGAGUAUAAUUCUACUAUCAGAUGGACAAGAUACGUAUACCGUGAACAGAAGUUCAAAUUCCGGUGGCCGGAAAAAUCCGUUAAAUUACGAAUUACUCGUUCCGCAGUCUAUCCACUGCGGUAACGGGAACUUGGGGAACAAAAUUCCGGUACAUGCAUUCGGGUUCGGGGCGGAUCAUGACGCUUCGUCAAUGCACUCGAUUUCGGAGAUUUCGGGUGGAACGUUUUCGUUUAUUGAAACGGAAAGUGUGAUUCAAGAUGCGUUUGCGCAAUGUAUCGGUGGGCUUUUGAGCGUUGUGGUCAAAGAUGCUCGAGUGAUCGUCGAGAGUGUAAACCCUGAUGUUGUUAUCGGAUCUUUAAAGGCGGGUAGCUACAAAAGUCACGUGAUGUCGGGUGGAAAAUCGGGAUGUGUUGAUGUGGGAGAUUUGUAUGCUGAUGAAGAGAGGGAUUUUCUUGUUUCGGUCAACGUCCCGAAAGAGUUGACUUUUAACGAGACUUGUUUGUUGCAAGUGAGAUGUUGUUACACCGAUCUGUUGACCAAAGAGACGGUCAACUUAAAGAGCGUGAACGUCACGAUUAAAAGACCCGAAAGUCUUGUUCAAGAACUUGUUUCUGUUGAAGUCGAUCGACAAAAGAACAGGUUACAAGCUGCGGAAGCCAUGGUACAAGCGAGAACCGCAGCAGAAGAAGGUGAUCUGGCGCAAGCCAUUCGUACCCUCGAGAACUGCAGACGGGUUCUCUCCGAAACAAUCUCGGCUAAGUCCGGUGACCGGUUAUGCGUGGCACUAGACGCCGAGCUCAAGGAAAUGCAAGAAAGAAUGACUAGCAGAAAAAUGUAUGAAGAAUCCGGAAGGGCUUACAUAUUAUCCGGGCUAAGCUCACACUCGUGGCAACGAGCCACGGCUCGUGGAGACUCAACCGAUAGUUCUAGCCUGGUGCAAGCCUACCAAACCCCGUCGAUGGUUGAGCUGCUGAGCCGAUCUCAAGCUUCUCUUUUAGGCAGUCCUUUGGUUCAACGAUCGGUUCGUCCUAUUUGGUCAUUUGCAUCACCAAAACCAAGGUGAAGUUCAAAGUUUUUUGGGGGGUUAGGAAGAAGAGCAAUUUUGGGUGUUGAUAGUUUUGUGCUUUAGAUGUUUAAAGCAAUAAAUAAAGGGGGUAAGAAUGUAACAUUGAGGGGGAGAUGGUAUAAAAAUGGGGAAGGGGGAAAAGAUAAGGGGGUUAGGUUCUUGUUAUUUUUUUAUUUUUUAUGGGGGUAUAAUUGGUUUGGUGGGGUUUUAAUGAAAAGUACAACAUGUAAUGCAUAAGGUACAAGUGUAUGGUUGGUAUUUCUAGCUUUCAAUAAAGGGUUUACCUUGCAUUAAAGUAA